GGGGCGCGAGCGCCGCGCGGCGGCCAAUCAGCGAGGGGGCGCGCGCGCGGGGCACGCGCUCAUUAGCAUGCGGGGCGCGCCCGCCCCGGCGGAGAGCGCGCGGCGUGAGCGGGAGGCGCGGCGGGGUCCCCCCCACCCCCCCCCGCCUUUUCCCACCCCCCCUUCCCUCCCCCCGCACCCCCCCCAACCACACACCCCCGGUUCCCUUUGCUGCAGGAGCAGCCGGUGCAUGGGCAGUGCACGGGCACCGGCAGGAGCACGCUGCGCACCCCCGCCACGGGACCGCACUCGCCCCGCGCGCGGAACGCCCCUCCGGAGCGGAGGAUGAACCGACAGCCCCGGCGCGGAGCGCGGCACGACGGCCGCCGAGCCGGCCCGGCGCGGCGCUGAGCAUCGCCCACGAGCCGCGGCGGGGUCCCGCCGAGCCCCCCGCGGGUGGGUGCCCCCGGCAUGGACGGCCGUGACUUCGCGCCCCCGCCGCGGCUGCUGUCGGAGCGGGGCAGCCUGGGCCACCGGCACGGCGCGGGGCGCGUGGCGGGGUCGGCGCACGGGGCCGUGCAGCCCCCCGGACACUUCCAGCCCACCAAGUACUUCCCGGCGCCCAUCUCCAUGGCCACGCACACAGCCGGCAGCAGCCUGAUGGGGAGUGCCCCCCCCUCCUCCUUCAUGGGGGGCUUCCUGAGUGGCAGCCUGGGCUCGGGGGGGCCCAGCCACCCCGCCGGCCCCGCCGCAUCCCCCCCAGAACCGGCCUUCUGCGGGCCCCACUCUGGCACCUCCCAGAUCUGGUUCUCCCACUCCCACGAAGCCCCGGGGUACCCCCGCUUCUCCGGGAGCUUGGCCUCCACCUUCCUGCCCAUGGGCCACCUGGAUCACCACGGCAAUGGCAACGUGCUCUAUGGCCAGCACCGUUUCUACGAGAGCCAGAAAGAUAACUUCUACCUGCGGAACCUUCCGGCGCAGCCCCCCCUGCUCCCCGCCAGCCACGGCUUCCCCGGCAUCGCCCGCGCCGCCCCCGGGCCCCCCGCCGGCUCCUGCAGCCGGGAGCGGGACGCCGGCCCCCUCCCCAAGACCCCCAAGGACUACGAGCGCUUCCUGGCGGGCAAGGACAAGGGGGGCAAGGGCGACCCCAAGGAGCGGCUGCCCGAGGAGGACCCCAAGGAGCGGCACAAGGCGGUGCUGCCGGUGCCGCCCGAGGGGCACUGCAAGGAGGGGGUGCCGCCGCGGGGGGCCGGCGACGGGCGCCCCAAACCCCUGGCCUCGUGCCUGCUGGGGGCCAAGGGGCUGGACGGGGACGGUGCCCGUGCCGCGCUGCCCAGCUGUGCCGGGAGCGCCCUGCCCCGCGCCGCCCGCUGCGCCCCCAAGGAGCGGGAGCCGGGGGUCCCCGAGGCCCCCCAGCCCUACGGCGAGGCGGUGGAGCGGCGGCAGAUGCUGCACCACGCCGUGUCCUACGCCGUGCCCGCCGCCGGCUCCUUCCCCUGCCUCCCGCUCCACGCCGGCCCCGAGGUGCUGUGCCCGCUGCCCGAGCCCCCCGCCCGCGAGCUGAAGCUCAGCGGGGCUACCUUGGUGCCCUCGGUGGGGCCCCCGACGGACAAGAGCCGCUCCUUCCAGGCGGAAUCCGGCGGGAUGGAGCGCGGGGACGGCAAGGAGCGGCACGCCGAGGCGGGCGCUGAGCCCUACGGUGCCCCCUUCCACCACCCGCUGAAGGCCGAGGGGCCGGCGGAGCGGCGGCUGGAGUGGGGGGCUCCGGGCACCCGGCUGAAGGGGCUGGAGUACCUGGGGGGGGGCGCAGCCGAAGGACCCCCGUUCUCCGGCCGGUGCCCCGCGCCCAAGGCGGCUCUGGAGAAAGGCUACUUCGAGGUGCCGCCCGCCCCCGACUGCUCCCGUGCCCCCCGGCCCGACCCUCUGGGCGUCCGCGUCGGCCCCUCCUGCUGCACUUUAGAGAAGGGCCCCCCCAAGGAGCCCCCGGCCCAGAAGGUGGCACGGAUCCGGCACCAGCAGCACCCCGAGGCCGAGGCGGCCGAGGGCAAGCGCAAGCCCCUGGAGCUGGGUGGCCUGGGCUACGGCGGGCACCCCCUGCCCCCCUGGGGGGUGCAGGGCCAGGGGCCCCCCCUGGCUGUGGCUGAGGAGCGGAAGGGGGGGCCCUACCUGGACCCCUUUGGCGCGGGGCUGGUGCGGGCGCAGGAGGUGCCCAACGCCCCCGACGAGGUGUCGGCCAUGAAGAACCUGCUCAAGUACAGCAACGGGGCGCUGCUGGGGGGGCAGAAGGGCCCCCCCUUCGUGGGGCUGGGCAGCGCCAAGGGCAGCUGCGCCCACCAGGACGCCAAGUUCCCGUCGGGCAAGGGUCAGCCGGAGCUGGAGCGGCCGGGCUGCGCCCGCGGCCGGGAGCACGAGGCGCUGGGCCCCGGCGGCACCGAGGGCGAGGUGCGGCAGCCGCCCGUGGGCAUCGCGGUGGCCGUGGCGCGGCAGAAGGACACGCUGGGCCGCCACGAGCCCUACGGUGCCGGCGGCACCGGGCGGCAGCGGGCGGCUGCUGGAGUCAAAGCAGGCACCGCGCGCCCCGUGCACCUGAUGGAGCUGGAGGCGGAGGAGGAGCGGGGCCGGCUGUGCGAGGAGCGCCUGGGGCUGCCCGCGAGGGACAUCCUGCUCCAGGACAACAAGGACCUGGUGGAGUUUGCCCGGAUGCACCCAUCGGGGGGGUGUCCUGGGGAGCUGACCCCCCACCUGAUGAUGACGGGGGGCUCGUCGCUGCCGGCGGGGCAGCUCGGGGGGGACCCCGCUGCCCACGCCCACCCUGCCCACACGCACUGGCUGCCCCGCACCCGCAGCCCCUCCAUCUGGAUGGGGGGACACUCCUACGGCAUCGGGCACCCCGCCCUGCACCAGAACCUGCCCCCUGCCUUCCCUGCCUCCAUGCCCAGCGCCAUGCAGCCCGUGUUCCCCCUGGCCCAGGACCCCCCUGCCCAGCUCGUCAUCCUCCCCACGGAGCCCCCCACCCACGGCACCCCCCACACGCUGGCUGACGUGAUGGACCAGGCGUCACUGUGGCCCCCCAUGUACCCGGGCCGGGGUCCCAGUGCCCACCUGCAGCACACGGGGCAGCUCCCCGUGUACCCACGGUCGCAGUUCCUGCGGCAGCAGGAGCUCUAUGCCCUGCAGCAGCAGCAGCAGCAGCAGCAACAGCAGCGGGCGGCCCAGGCCCUCGAGAUCCAGCGCCAGGUGCACGGCCAGCGGAAGCCGGAGGAGCAGCCCCUGGAGCUGGAGGAGAGGGGUCCCGAGAAGCCCCUCAAACCCUCCCACAAAGCAGUUGCCUUAAACCCACCGGCCAAGGGCCUGACCUCGGCGGCCCCGGCGCCCCCCAAGCUGUCCCCGUGCUGCCACUCGCCGGCCCUGCGGCACCCGGCCAAGUGCCCCGUGACGCUGCCCACGGCCCCCUGCACUUUACCCGCCUGCCCCGCCGCCAGCCCCGCCGUGGCCCCGCGCUCGCCGGCCGCCAGCCCCCUGCCCGCCCCCAGCAAGGGCGGCGAGGGCGAGGACACGCGGGGCGAGGGGCAGCCCCCGCGCCGCUACCCCAAACCCCUGGAGCCAGACCUGCCCCCCGGGUACGGCUACCCCGCCGCCGCCGUGGGCUACCCCGCGGCGCACUCGGCCGAGCCGGCCGACCCCGACCCCGUGCACGCCGGCUCGCCGCCCGCCGAGCCCGAGCAGUCCCGGACCUUCAGCCCCGCGGCCGAGGCGCUGCGGGAGCCGGGCCCCCCGCGGGACCCCCCGGCCGAGGGUCCCGGGGCGCUGCUGCACCGGCACCACCUGCUGCUGCCGCCCGGAGCGCUCUGCGGGGAGCGGGGGGCAGCGCCGGCCGGCGGCACCGAGGAGCCCUUCGGGGGGCACCGGGAGCUGGCUCAGGGAGUGCCGGAGCAGCCGGAGCAGCAGCACCCCGUGCCCGAGGAGGGGGGCUCCCCGCUGCCCCCCACUGCGGAGGAGGAGGAGGAGGAAGAGGAGGAGGAGGAAGGCGACAGCGAUGGCUCAGAGCCAGAGGGCAGCUGCGAUGAGGAAGAGGAGGAGGAGGAGGAGGAGGAUGGUGACGUCCCCAGUGGGCACCAGGGCUGCGCGGGUGGGCUGGAGGUGCUGAUCGCCGCCGGCAUCGACCUGGGGGAGCUGCCGGCGCUGGAGGAGCCUGAGGAGCCGCCCCCGGCCCCCCCUUCGCCUGCCCCCCACCCCUCAGGGAUCCCGGGCAUCGCCCUGCUCAGCGAACUCGCCGACCUGGAGCUGCGCCGGCGCCGCUGUGACCUGGCCAGGGAAGGUGAGGAUGAGGAGCUGCUGGCCUUCAACCUGCAGAACCUGGCCACGGUGGCGGCCGCCUGGUCGCUGGUGGAGGCGGCAGGACGGGAGGGCAGCCCCCCAGCACUCAGCCCCCUGCCCGUGUCCCCCCCGCCCCGUGCCCGCGUCCCCCGGCGCAAGUACACCUGGACCCCCAAAACCAAGGCCGUGUGCCCGCUGAAGGCGGCCAUGGAGCAGCUGAACACGCAGGAGGUGGAGGUGCGGAUGCGCCUGGCCGAGCUCCAGCGCCGCUACAAGGAGAAGCAGCGGGAGCUGGUGAGGCUGCAGCGGCGCCACGACCACGAGCGCGACGAGAGCUCCCGCAGCCCGGCGCGGCGCGGGCCGGGGCGGCCGCGGAAGAGGAAACACUCCAGUGCCCUGGGCAGGGCCGAGAGCCGCAAGGUCAAGGCGGUGAAGACCAGCCUGUCCCUGCUGUGUGCUGAGCUGAGGGGGGACCCCGAGCCCCAGAAGAAGAGGAGCAAACUGGCCGGGGGGACGUUCAGCAGCCUCCAGGGCUCCCCGCUGAAGCAGAAGGUGAAGGGCAAGGGGCUGCCCCCCGGGCUGAGCCCCUUCCGCCGGAGGGACCCCAACCCCGGUGCCCGCAUCCAGAAGAAGCUGAACCGGCCCAAGGGCUCCAAGAGCUCCAAGUACCAGGGGCAGGACCCUGGUCCCCGGCAGACCCCCCACUUCAGAGAUGAGCCCGAGGGUGACACGGACAGCGAGGAGGGGGAUGAGGAGCCAGGGCUGUCACUGCCAGCUGGGCCGGUGGCUGUGCUGGGGCCCUCCCCAUCCUCCGUGGUGAAGAUGGAGGCCAACGAGAAGGCCAAGAAGAAAAAGGAAAGGCAGGGGCUGCUAGGUCCGUGCCGCCUGGGCAGCCCCGAGGGGGAGGUGAAGAUCAAGCGGCGGCCGGUGAAGCCGGGGGGAGCCGGGAAGCUGGAGAAGGUGCCGGGCCGGCGGAAGGCGGGGGACUGCCCCGAGGGCAGCAAGAAGAAGCUGAAAGCCAAGGCCAAGGAGAGCCUGAGGCCCCCAGCCCCCGGCGGCCCCAGCCCCCCGGGAGCCCCCAGCAGCCUCUUUGGGGGCACGGACCCCCGGCUGCUGGGGCCGCGGGACGAGGGGGCUCGGCUGGGAGAGAGGGGCAAGAAGGGCACCCGCAAGAGCAAAGGGCUGCAGGCAGCCCUCAGGCGCAAGAACGGGGCACUCUCGCUGGCCCUCUCCCCCCGGAGCGCCAAGACCAUCCUGAGCAAGGGCAAGAAACUGGCCAAGGUCAAGAGCAAAGUGGCCACCAAACAGUGCAAGGGCCGGGCUGUCAGCAAACUCCUGGAGAGCUUCACCGUGGAGGACGACUUCGACUUCGACGACAACAGCAGCUUCUCGGAGGAGGAGGAGGAGCUGGGAGGCUGCCUGGCAGGGGGGGCCCGCGGGGGGGUGCCCCACGCCUGCGCCAUCCAGAAGGAGGAUCUGCGGGACGGGCUGCACAUCCUGAUCCCCAAGGAGGACAGCCUGCUCUACGCCGGCAGCGUGCGCACCAUCCAGCCCCCCGACAUCUACAGCAUCGUCAUCGAGGGUGAGCGGGGGAACCGGCAGCACAUUUACUCACAGGAGCAGCUGCUGCAGGAGGCGGUCCUGGACAUCCGGCCGCAGUCACGGCGGAGCCUUCCACCUGGCACCCGCGUCUGUGCCUACUGGAGCCAGAAAUCCCGGUGCCUCUAUCCCGGGAACGUGGUGCGAGGCUCCUCCAGCGACGAGGAGGAGGAGGACGCUGAGGCUGUGCUGGUGGAGUUCGAUGACGGGGACACGGGACACAUCGCUGUGUCCAACAUCCGCCUGCUGCCCCCUGACUUCAAAAUCCAAUGCACCGAGCCCUCCCCGGCACUGCUGGUGUCCAGCUCCUGCCGGCGGGCGAAGCGGGCGUGUGGCGACGUGGGCACCCCUGGGGCGCUGCCCCCCACGCUCUGCCCCGACCACGGCCCCCAGCCCGCCCGGAAUUCCGGCAGGAAGGCGGCCGGCAAGGAGAAGAGUGGCAAAGCCAUGGAGGGGCUGUCGGGGGGCCGGGGCCCGGCGCUGGGGGACUCGGCGGCCGGGCGGCGCGGAGGGUCCCUGCUCAGCUGGGCCGCCGUGGCACAGACCAAGCGCAAGGCGGCGAACAAGGGCUCGGCCGUGCUCCAGAACCUCUUCCAGGUCAACGGCAGCGCCAAGAAGCUGCGGGCCAAGGAGACCCUCUUCCCUCUGCACCACCACCACCACCACCUCGCCGCCCCCGUCUUCGGCAACGCCUUCGGCGCCGACUCCUUCGGCCGCAUCGCCAGCUCCUACGGCUCCUUCGGCGCCGGCGCCGGGCUGGUGCUGCCGGCGGCCCAGAAGCUGCUGCGCUCCAAGAAAGCCGAGCGGCUGGAGGCCGAGGUGGGCAGGAGCGGGCGCAGGAAGGCGGCGGGCAGCGAGUUCCUGGUCAAGCUGGACCACGAAGGGGUGACAUCCCCCAAGAACAAGACGUGCAAGGCGCUGCUGUUGGCCGAGAAGGACUUCGGGGCCCGGCUGGAGCGGCCGCUGGGCAGCCACGGCUACGGACACGCCGGGCUGGGCGGCCGGGAGCGCCGGGGCCGCGCGGCCGCACACCCGCUGCCCGUGGGGCUGGCGCUGCGCAAGUACUCGGGGCACGGGGACUUCGCCCUGAACUGCGACAGCGACUGCCACAGCUCCUACUCGGACAUGGACGAGGACGAGGACGCGGGCGGGCUCGGCGCCGACGUCCCCUCGCGCUUCAUGACGCGCCUUUCCGUGUCCUCCUCUUCCUCGGGCUCCUCCACCUCGUCCAGUUCCGGCUCCAUCUCCACGUCCAGCCUGUGCUCCUCGGACAAUGAGGACUCCUCGUACAGCUCGGAGGACGAGGACUCGGCGCUGCUGCUGCAGACCUGCCUGUCGCACCCGGUGCCGGCGCUGCUGGCGCAGCCGGACGCGCUGCGGCCCAAGGGCGCCGCGCCCCAGCGCUGCUUCCUGUCCAAGGCGGCCGCUGCCGGCCCCAAGGCCAAGCUCAAGCGCAAGGAUCCCCUCAGCUUCGCCAAAGCCAAAGAGUUCUCCCGGCGGCAGCGCCUGCCCUCGGUGGAAAACCGGCCAAAGAUCUCCGCCUUCCUGCCUGCGCGCCAGCUCUGGAGGUGGUCGGGGAACCCCACGCAGCGGCGCGGCAUGAAGGGCAAGGCGCGGAAGCUGUUCUACAAGGCCAUCGUGCGGGGCAAGGAGACGCUGCGCGUGGGCGACUGCGCCGUGUUCCUGUCGGCCGGGCGGCCCAACCUGCCCUACAUCGGCCGCAUCGAGAGCAUGUGGGAGUCCUGGGCCAGCAACAUGGUGGUCAAGGUCAAGUGGUUCUACCACCCCGAGGAGACCAAGCUGGGCAAGCGCCAGAGCGACGGCAAGAACGCGCUGUACCAGUCGUGCCACGAGGACGAGAACGACGUGCAGACCAUCUCGCACAAGUGCCAGGUGGUGGGGCGGGAGCACUACGAGCAGCUGACGCGCGGCCGCCGCUGCCAGGACCGCCAGGACCUCUAUUACCUGGCGGGCACCUACGACCCCACCACGGGGCGCCUGGUGACCGCCGACGGGGUGCCCAUCCUGUGCUGACCCCGGGGUGCCCACCCUGUGCUGACCCCGGGGUGCCCACCCUGUGCUGACCCCGCCUGGCUCUUAUGCAAAGGGUGACGUGGGGACAUUGGGGGCACAUCAGGGGACGUGGGGGGGGGGCUCCCCUACAAGCCAUAACUUUCCCUAGUACCUCUGACUGUUUGCCAGCAGGUGAAGCAGAAAUCAGGUGUGUUGUUCUAUUUAUUUUGCCUGUAAAUAUUGUAUUUCUUCUGGGAAGUUUUAUGGAAAAGCGAGAAAGGAAAAAAAAAAAAAAAGAAAAAACCAACAACAAACCCAACAACAGCAAAAAAAAAAAAAAAAAAAAGACAAAAAAUGAUGAAAAAAAAAUCACAAAAAAAUAAUAAUAAUCCUCGGGGAAGGGGGUGGGGGGGUCGUUUCAGUGCACUGUGUCCCCCGGCCUGGGGGGACGGGGACAGCGGGGAGCGCUGUACAGAGGGGGCCAGGGCGGGGGCUCGGCCCCGGGCGGGGGGCCCAGCGCCGCCGUCCCCAGUGCAAUAGUGGGGUGACCGCGGGGGGGACACCCCGGGGGGACCACGGGGACCCCGCGGGGCCGGCGGACGCUGGCCCGUCCCGCCGCCGCUGCCUGCAAAAUAUGUACAGGGGCUUUUCCAGUGUAAACACUAAAAAACAAAAAAAUCCCACAAAACAGGAUUAAAAAAAAAAAUAACCCAAAAGGACAAAAAAAAAAAAAAAAAGGAGCAAAGGGUUAAACAAAGGUUUUAUGAGCCGCCAUUCCUGUAAAGGCCUUUUACUAUGGAACUUUUUUAUGGAUAACUUGGCUUAUGAAUAAAUAUAUGAACCGUU